AUGGUCGAGGAACGGCUGCUUCUACUGCUUCUACUGUCCAUCGGGCUUAUCGCUGCAAGCACCGAAGUCGCGGAAGUAGCUGAGAUCGCCGUGGACCCGGACGUGGGCAAGAAUGCACCGGAGAUCAUCGCUGCGCGCGGAUACGUCGUGGAGACGCACAAGGUCACAACUUCGGACGACUACAUCCUCACGAUGCACCGACUGCCGAAGAGCUACGACGAAAGUCAAUCUAGCGCCGCCGCUGCGGCCAACAAGCCUGCGGUGUUGGUGCAGCACGGCAUCAUCGAGAGCAGCUUCGCCUGGGUCUGCAACUACCGCAACCAGAGCUUGGCCUUCGUGCUGGCUGACGCCGGCUACGACGUGUGGCUGGGCAACAGCAGAGGCAACACGUACUCGAACGAGUCGAUCCACUACACCACCGACGACGACGAGUUCUGGGAUUUCUCCUGGGAAGACAUGAGGCUGUACGACCUCCCAGCCAUGAUCAACUACGUUCGGGACACAUCGGGUGGCCCCACCAUCAGCUACGUCGGCCACUCGCAGGGCGUCACCCAGGCGCUCGUGGGUUUCGCGGCCAACCAAACAUUGGCGAAGAGCGUGUCGUACUUCGGUGCGUUGGCUCCCGUCUCUUGGCUCGGACACUCGAAGGCGGAGCUGUUCGUGGCCUUAGCGGACGCUCACUUGGACCUGCUGUCCGAGGGGCUGGGCUUCGUCAAGCUCCUCGCGCACAACGAGUUGCUCACCAAGUUCCUGUCCGGCUACACGUGCACAGCCAUCGACGAUAUGUGCGGGUCCGCCAUCUCGCUGCUCUUCGGGACGACCACGAGCCUCAACGACAUCGCGCACUUCGCCCAGGGCAUUCGGGAGGACACGCUCGCGCGCUUCGACUACGGCUGCAGCUGCGUACAGGCUCUGGGGCUCUCGCUGUGCGCAUCGGCCAUCUGUCCGAACAAGGCCAAGUACGGCGCCUUUGCCCCGCCAGCGUACGCCCUUGGAGACAUGCCCGCCGACCUCGAGCACCUGCGGUCGUCGCUGCCGUCCGGCACCGUCGUGCACGACAAGACCAUCGACAUCUACAGCCAUUUGGACUUCAUCUGGGCCUACAACGCCAACGAUUAUGUCUAUCAGGACCUCAUCGCGCAGCUCGCAACCUACGAAGGUGUCGCCUACUGA